UGUUGUUUGAUAAAUGCUUUAAAUUUGCGGAUUUGUAUUAUUCACCAAACUAUCGGUUCUAAUCAUAUGAGUUUUUUGUCUGUUGGCUAUUGUAGAUAAGAAACCUGGGAUUAACGAAAUGUUCGUACUGAUAACGAUGCGCGUUCAAGUGAAGGCUUACAAAAAGCAAGUGUGAUACGAUUUAAAUAUUAACCGAUGAAAUCACAUUUCUUUACCAAAGUUUUGUAACCAACCAAACGACUGUUUCUUAUCAAUAAGAGGUUGAACAUGUGUAGCAAGAUUCUUCGGUAACCUAUCUUAUGAAUUACAAACUGUGGACGUAAAUAGUAAGGAAAAUAAUAUCUUAAUAGCAAGCCACAUACCAAAUCAUGUGAAAAGUAUUAGAAUACUUGUUCUUAUUUUUUUUUGUUAAUUACACUGGCGACAGUUCUGCUGAUUCGAGUUUAACGAACUUAAAACUAUAUUAUUAGAUUGCUACAAGGAAGCAUGUUCUAUUAACCUAGCUUUUGUUUCUAUUUGGCGUAACGAUCUACGCGGUCAUGCCGACCUAUAAAGGCUUUCAAGACUUAUUAGUACCACGCAGCCGGAUAGUCACAGUCCUUGCUACGGGGGCGAUGGUCCAUAUAAGGUUUGAGGCCAUCACGAGCAUGCUGUUAAGUUGUGCGAGUUGACACUGUCUACCCUAAGAUAACUUGGAGCUUGAGGCAUUAAAGUUACUUGAUAGGCGUUUUUAUAGAAUAGUUGGUUGAGCUUGAUGGUAGGUUCAACCCGUAUGAGAUUACCUGCAGACGUUGAACUAAGAAUAAACAUGUGUCAGAAUGAAAGGAAAUUAAACCGAAAGUGCGAAAAAAAACCUCAUUACACGAUGCUAUUAGGUCGUACCAUUGAAAUAAAGAAUAAGAACAAAAAUGAACCUAUUUUUGUUAAAGCAUGAGACUACAUUUUUAAAAGUAAUGUGACAAUUUUAGUCAUUUAAAUAUUAAAAUACGUUUCCAAAAAAAAAUCUUCUUCCACGUUCCACAGUCUGUAUAUCAAAUUUAUGUAGAGGCUAUUAUUGCGUAAAAAUGUAAUUAAAAGUUUGCAAAUAACAUUCUUAUGUUUAAAGGGAGACAUACGUACCAUAAUACAUUAGCGAGUAUUUUUUAACAGACGAGUAUAUUGCAUUUUGUUGUGCGGCAAACGAGAUAGGCAAAUUGUUGUUUAUUUUUUUAACUGUAAUUUGCGGAAAUGACCAUCUUUUUUAACUAACACAAGGAACAUUUAUACGGCAUGCUUCUAGUAUUGAACUUAUCAUGCUAAACGAAUUUUAACGGACAGUUGUUGGAUAAUCCGUGGUGUUCAAUUAUUCGUAAAUUUCCUAGAAUGAAAAACCCCGGAUUAACGAAGACAAGUUUUUUCUCUGCUGAAGCAACAACACUCGGAAUUGGUGAGAGCAGAGCACACGAGUGUUGGAAGGAUCACAGGACUAUAGGCCAACAUCAAUAGCUGCAACAACAACGUCUAAUAUGUCCAUAUUAGAAGAGUAGCACUAAUUGCAAAUUGUUUCAAAUACGUGCGUAUUGAGGAAAAGUGUAUAGUUGGUGAAUGUCUAGAGGAAGUGAAAUAGUUGUAAUGGUUCACUUUGUUGGAGUCAAAUUAUCGCAACGGUUGCUAGAAAAUUGAACAAAGAACGCCAUGCAAGGCGUCUCCAUCAGCAGGAUGUUGGAAAUGCACCAUUAAUCGAAGCUGCUGGCAAUGCAUUACUCAAUUUCGAGCGUGCGUAUGUGAACGUAGUAUGUGUCUGUGUAUAUACAUGUGUGUGAAGGUGUUUGUUUUUGCCACAAGAGAAAAGAAACAUGCGAGAAUGCAACCAUUCGAGCGAUAAGCUUUUGUUGUUAGAAUAUGGUGGAAAAAGUGAUUGCAUCGGCGGUACAGUGAAGAUUAUGAAGUAGAGCAAAAUACUAACAGAAGAUUACAAUGAGCACCAGGUUUCGGUAAGAGGUUUAAGAAACGUAUGAAAUUAAUAGAAAAGUGUGACUUAUUUUUCGCAUUCCACUAUAGGCUGAAAAAGUGCAAUAAUAAUAGUUCCCUAUCUAGUCAUAGAUGUGUGAGCAGGCUGCUAAAAAAGUGAAGGUCGCUAAACAAAUUGCAAAGCUAAAGUAAGCUGCAACGUUUGAGCUGUGGAGUGCAGUGGAAAGUGAAUAAAAAGGUCUACCUUACAAUUAGCAAGAAAGUUAAAUGAUGAAAAAUCGACCAGGAAGUUAUGAAGUGAAAAGUAUAUAUUUGUAUUGCAUCUGUGUGGCAAGGCAAGAAAGUUUUCUCAUUUUGUAAUAAGUGCCCGUAAAACACAUAGAAGUGUGCCACGUUAGUUCCAUUCGUGUGCAUUAGUAGUGCUAGGGGAAACUGUAGUUCACAUUAUAUCAUAUGUUCUACAUUUCCUUUCAAUAAAAGUGUAAAAGUGGAUAGAAUAAUUGGUUUGCCAAUAGCGUGCUAAUGAUUAUCAGCUAAAUUGCGACGAAUAUUUUUCUUGGUCGCAAUUGCGUUACUCUAAAAACUUGGAGAUGUACGCCAGUGAAAGCAUAACCGAUGGAUUACAACAGUGUUGACUAGUAUUCUUUGAUUUAACGGUGUGGAGCACGUUGAUCAGUGCAGAGUGAGGCAUUGUGCAAUAUUUAUGUACAGUGGCCACCAGGACGGUUUCCGCGGUGGAGGUGGUGUAAAACAACGGCCAUUUCGAGAACCAUACCGAACCGUAAGCGACGCAAAGAAAACGCUCGGUUUGAUGUGCACAGAAUGCCCAACACAAACGAAAGCUCGCAUUCCGGCACGACUACGACGGUGGCGGCGGCAGCUGCAGCAGCAAAUGCUGGGGAUGACCUCGGUAGCACAGACGAGGUGAAAGUAUUCAAGGACGAAGGUGAUCGAGAGGAUGAAAAGGCUUCGUCGGAAAAUUUACUCGAGGAAAAAUUUAAUCUGAUCGAUCUUACCGAAAGUGCUGAGAACUUGGUGAAGAAUUCGUCGGCUCGGCAGGACCUCAGCCCUUCUUCAUAUGCACCUGUUAGCCGUUCCGAGCCCACCCCAACUGGUAGCGGUACGGGUGGUGGGAGUGCCGGUACUAGCAGCGCCGGAAAACUAAAUUCACCGGACCAUUCGCCGGGCUUCAGCGGAAUGGGUUACCUUCCCCCGUAUCAGUAUUCGAGCGGAACAGCCAGCGCACUGCAGGCGGCCGGUUCAAUGGGCAAGGGUGCAUUGGGUUUAACGCAAUUUUUUUGUAACGAUGAUCCACUUUCUAACCCACCCCCCGCUCAUUGCGGUAUCCUGCCGUAUCAACUAGAUUCAAAAGCUAUCGGUCUUUCUGCAAGGCAGUCAUUGUACUCGUUCUCCACCAGCCAGUAUCCGUAUCCAUCGAUUCUAUCCUCCAACAUGUUGCCAGUACCGCCAUCAUGGCAUUCGCCUUCCAUGUACUCUACUGCACCUAGUUUCCGCAACUCAUAUCCAUCUUCGCUACAGAUCUACACAACGUUGGCUAGCGAUCUAUACUCGCGCUAUCAAUCCUCGCAGUCGCUGCUUAACUCGGUGCACUCGCAUAACGUGCUUAAUCAGAGUCUGCAACAGGUGAAACAGGAAACGGGUCUGGUUGGAGCGGGUGGAAACGGUAUAGGGCAAGAUUUAGGGAUUGGACACAACUACAGUGUUCGGCAGCACGUGCAUAGUCCGGGAAGCAAGUCCGCAGUUGUUGAUCUGCCGCAGGAGUUAACGAAUCGCUUCGGUCGUGCCCAGAGUGUUGGGAGUACCGGCAGUGGUGGCGGUGGUGGAGGUAGUGUCGGUAGCGCAAUCGGCAACGGAGCUAGCAGUGGUGGAAGUAGCGGGAGCGGAACAUCCAGUGGAGGUUCCAAGAAAAAGUGUGCAUCCGAGCGAGGUCAUCAGCAACAAGUGCAGCCGCAGAACCAGCAACAACCAAACCGGCCACAUAUCAAGAAACCUCUGAAUGCAUUCAUGUUGUACAUGAAAGAAAUGCGUGCGAAAGUUGUGGCUGAAUGUACGUUAAAGGAAUCUGCUGCCAUAAACCAGAUCCUUGGUCGAAAAUGGCAUUCCUUGUCACGAGAUGAACAGAGCGUGUACUACGACAAGGCGCGACAGGAACGUCAACUACACAUGGAAAUGUAUCCAGGAUGGACGGCUCGGGACAACUAUGGAUACGGCUCGAAAAAGAAACGGAAAGCGAAAAAGAAGGACCAACUGGGCAGCGAACCACCCAGCAGGCGUAAGAAAAUCUGUAUACGUAACGAGGAAUCUGACAACUACGAUGGAUCGCGUAUGUCGGACGAGUACAUGGGAAGCUAUGGCACAGUGGUGUAAUAAAACACCUCUAACACACCCCCACCUUCCAUGCCCACAGGCCGUCACGAUGAUGCCUCUUUAGAGAACCGGGAGUACCGGCUGCCUAUCCCUAAUAGAAGUAGCACCGGCAAGAGCAACGCAUGACUGCGAAGCUUUACUCAAUAAGACUUCAAACGACACUUUGUAUAUGUGUAGGAAAUAUAAGCAUAAGAUAAAUGAUCGUGUGAAGUAGAGCAAAGCAAGGCAGCCUAACCCAACGAUAGUACGAUGUCUUUGUACGAAUUUACGUGGAGAUCGACGAAUGUUUCACUUACCUAAACCAUAUUUACGUACGUCAUCUGUGUGUAUAUCGAUCGACUCUUACGUUUAACUCACCGGAUUUCUUUUACUUCGUCGUACGAUUAUGCUAGGUAGAAAAGACCAUUGGCCAAAGAUAAUUUAAGCAGUAAUGAAGCGAUGUUCUAGAAAAUGCACAUGUUGCAAGUAAUUUAUGUGCAAUUAACAACUCAGAAUGCACUUUUAACAAAAGUUGUGGAUCAUGUACAGUGUGUACUAUUAAUUUCUGUUUUAAGAAAUUAUUACAAAAAUAGUUUACGAAUGGUACUUAAUACGGUGCCGCAUUAAAACUGGAACUGUAUCAAAUGUAAAAGAAUGUGCAUUUUAGAAAUUGAACAAUAUGUAAAUGCAGUUUAGAUUCAAGAUGAUAAUGUUUUUCGGUUAUACCACCGACGUAGUCGAAUUAAUAUACCAGUACAGGGAAGCCAUCGAUGGCGCAAUGGAAAGGCUAUAUACACUUCUCUAAUUGUGUCUCUAAUGUUUGAUGCACAAGCCUUUUAGAGAGUGUUUCUUUUAUGAAAUAUUUCAUAAGAUGUUUCUCACCCAGAAUAAAUUUUCGGUCAUUUGAUUUAAUCAUCAUGCAAAAGUGUUUGUUGGCAACCAGCGCAAAUAAGCUAUAGUCAAUCCAUAAGUCAAUAUCUUCUAAUGGGUAAUGGUUGCAGGCUAGAAUCUUUUUACAUGCACACAAAGAUGAUUCCCAAUCAGGCUAGAAGGGAUCCUGCUUGAAUAUAAUUAUAUACAUACUAUAUAUAGAUAUACAUAAUAGGUAUUUUUAGCACGUAAGAGACAAAUAAAAAUGUGUAACAAUGUAGCUGAUAGUAAAAAGCCAAAAUGCGAGUAAUAGAACAUGUCAAUGUCAAAUUUCGAAUUGUUUAUGGCAUUUUAAAGCCUAGAUUGCAAUCGGAAGUAAUAGAAGGAGGUUUUGAAACAAUUUAUCAUUUUUGUAAUGGUUUAAUUUUAUUACAUUGCUUUGAAUUCAGAGUAUUCUAAUUGUUUUCUUAACAUCAAAAGUAUCAUUUUUACGUAUUGAUAGCAGGUUUCAAUCCAAUCUCAUUUGCAUCCAAGUGUAAUAUAGACGUGUUUUGUCUAUUUUGUAAAAAUAUUUCCCCCCAUGAGCAUUUCCAUUAUCUGCCGACACUGCAGUUAAAAAAUGCACAGUAAAAUUCAAUUCGCACUUUUUGCUUGAGAUAACGUUAAUCGUUAUCACCUGUCAAUUUGGUAAGCAAACACUUCAACCGGAACUACGUUAAUUUGUUGGAGAGCGAAUAUUUCGUCAAAGUUGCGGUAGAUACAUUUUUACAGAUAACGAGGGUGUCGAACCGUCUGUUCGAACUCACUUCCACUGGAUUGUAACCCAACAAUAGAUGAGACCGGAACAAGGCUAAUUAAAAACUUCCGUGGAACCAAGCCGGAGUCCUCUUUACAUCAUUCCUUUUGGAUACAACCUUUCAAUGAUUACCGUUAGAGAAUAGUUCAGGUCGUUCUUCGCCUUCGCUCUUACGUGGGUGCUACAUGAUGGUCGUGCGCCAUUUUGCCAUUUUGCCUCUCCUAAUUUGGUUGCCAUUCCCUCUGGUUUUCCGUGUUCCAGUUCGGUUGGAUGUUUUUUUGGUUUUCUAUUUUGAAUCAGACACAUAAUCCCUCAGAACCAGCAUUAAACCAGGGGUAAAAGUAAAAAUAUGUGUGUGUAUGUGCCAUGCCUCCGAUUCGGAUAUGAAAUGGUUUCAUUCGGUUCUAAUGCUACCGUUUGCAGCCAUUGGUAGUGUCAUCAUUAGAGCAUUUGCUAAUAAUCGGGUUGCCGCAUGGUCGGUCUGGGCUUGAAACGGACGUAAAAUUGCGUCCCGUGGAUUGUGAGGGACAGAUGAAUUCAACCGAUGCUCUGGCUACACAGCAACUAGGGGAAAUUAAAUCGCGUCUUUUGCCGCCUUCGCGACUUGCCCUUUGCAUCGUCAUCAUCAGAAUCGGUUUUAAUGGAGAGUAAUACGCGCAAGAAGCUAUACCGUAGGUAUUGAUAAUAAAUAGAGAUGGAAACAUACCAUUUAUUUAAAGUAAGAUAAGGAAAGCAAUGUAAGUAGUGUAAUGGGACAAUGAAUGAAUAUUUUAAUCUUCUAAAUUAGAAUCGUUUGAGGGGAAACGUAUGUACUUUUCAGCGACGUACACAUUGCCGUAAAGUGACCAAAAAGCCAUAAUGUUGUGUGGUUCGGAAUCCAACUAUGGGAAUAUUUUUCAAUUAACAAGAGUUUUAAAUUUAUUUAAAUAAUUAAGCAGGUAUUAAAAGACGUUUCGGGGCGUUAUAAUAUAAAAUGCAUGGAUCAAUAUAUGGGAUUUUUUAAAUCAUUACAUUAACACGAAAAUACAACAUAUUACAACGCUCGACAUAAUUACACCAUAUUUCACUAUCUUCUAGUAUGAGAGGAAUGAGCUUGAUUUUAUCACACUUACUGGCUGGUAAAAAAAUAUUUCAAAAUGAAUGACAAGCCAUUUCGUGUCGUGCAAUGAACAAUAUUACAGAAUGUGCAAUAACACAAGUGUGUGAUGAGAGUAUUAUUUUCGUGAUGAAUUUACUUGCGAAUGAGUUAUUCAUCCGUGUGUUGUUUCGCAACGAGAGGGUUGCUGCUGCUGGUUUCCUAUCCGAGCAUAGAGCUCAGCUUCACCCUACUUGUAGGGUUUCACAUACCGUGUCGACGUUCAUGCGACGUCGGGUCAAUGCAGGGGAUGGGUUUAAUCUUUAAAUGAUUCCAAGGAAUGAAGGGAAUCGGUGAGUGCAAUGUAUAUCUUACAGAUACAUACAGGGGCGAGCUAUGAAAAGGGCCAAAGCAUAUUUACAAUAGAAAAGCAAACAAAAGCGGAAACUUCUAACAACAACAAUAACAACAACCACAGUGCUCCUUGCACUUCUGCGUAAGGCCACAUUGUAUCAUUUGAAACAAACAGAGCAAGCGAGAGUAAACUGUGUGUGGUAGGAGACACAGUGAAGGUUGUGAAAAAAGGAUGUAAAUAUAAUUGUAAACAAUAGUCUAGGCACAUUCAUGCACUCCUGUUGCCCUGCUUCGUUCUUGGUUCGAAAACACACGGGAACUGAUAGGUAACUUGGAUUUUUUAUCAUCCUUUCGCAUGAUGAUGGAGAAAUACUGCGGAAUGCCUAGCGUGCGGUAAAAUUUAAACCCUCUCUAUUGUAGUUGACGUUUUUCGAACUGACGGCAGCAAAGAUGAUCACAUGUGCGGCCUCGUGUGCAAAAAGAAAAUAAAAGUGAGGGAUGAAUGUGUAAUCUGUUCUUCCGGUUGUAAAUGAAGUUAAACAGAAAUUAUGGUAUUGUUAGUAUUCAAUGGGGCCAGUCUGGUGGUACAGUCGUCAACUCGUAUGACGUAACAACAUGCCCGUCAUGGAUUCAAGCCCCGAAUAGACCGUGUCCCCAUACGUAACAAUAAGUCACUGAAAGCCAAGCUCACUUCACUAGGUGGGUACAGGCAGGCCUUGACCGACAGCGGUUGUUGUGCCAAAGAAGAAGAAGAAGAAGAAGUAUUCAAUGAAAAUACAUUAAAAGUUCCUUCAAAAUGAAAAAAAAAAAAAAA